CGCGAGCUUGACAAUCUUCCUGAGUUGAAGCGCAGCGUUUGCUUAAUCCAGACUUUGCCUACAUAACUAUUUUGACUCUGGUUUUACGUCUCUUCCUGUAGCAUAAAUGCCGAAACUUUUGCAAAAAGCUCCGGGUUUAGUUUCCGCCUGCGUCUGCGUUUGUUGCUAGGCAAUGGACGGGCAGCAGAUCCUGGUGAGCGACCAAGAACCCAAAGCCCUGCGAGAAGACACACGGAGGAGGAGGAGAAAGAAGGCCAUCAUGUCGACGUCCUGCAACUCCAUGGAUCAGAUCAGCGUUGAGUUUGUCCUGCCCACGGCGGCGCGGGGCGGAAACAGCCCCGACACUCUGCUGCUGGAGGUGGCUGGAAACUGGACGGUGGAACAGGUGAAAGCUCAGGUGUGGCUGAAGGCAGUGACUUUGAAUCUCUGUCAGGACUUCUACCAGCGCUUUUCCCCAGACCACUGCAUCCUGCUCUACCAGAAGAAAGGCAACGUGUGCGAGAUCUACGAUAAGCACCAGGUGUUCCAGACGCUAGACUGCAUCCGUUACUGGAGAGCCCUGAAGAAAGACGUGGGGCGCAUCCAGCUGGUUCCCCGCCCGCAGCCCUCGGACGAGUCCCAGCAGUACCAGCGCUACCUCAACUACCUGAUUGGCUACGACGUGACUGAUGUCAGCAACGUGCACGACGAUGAGCUGGAGUUCACCCGCAGGAAGCUGCUGACUCCGCGACGCAUCCAGCUGUCUGAGCGGGACGCAAAACUCUACUCCAUGGACCCCUGGGUCACCCGCAAGCCGCUGCCCGAGCACCUGCUCAGCAAGAUCAGCAACGGUCACAUCCUGGUGGUGAUCCAUAUCGGCACGGCCAGCCAGACCAUCAAGGUCUCCAUCGACAACACGCCAGCACAGGUAUUGGUGAGCUUUCUCGCCAAGACAGCAAAUAAGAGAAGUUUGCUGGGCAUUCCUGACAACAUGUGCGAGGCCGACUUUGUGCUACGUGUGUGUGGAAGGGAGGAGUACCUGUACGGGGAUAAACCGCUGCAGGACUUUAACUGGAUCCGUCAGUGUCUGAAGAAUGGGGAGGAAAUCCACCUGGUUCUGGAGGCGCCACCUGAUACAGACCUGGAUCUGGUUCAGAAGGAGGACUGGGCACAAGUGGAUGACUGCACCGGAGUCGCAGGUACCCAUGAGCAGUUGACCAUCGAUGAGAAGGACCAUGAACGAGUGUUCACCAUCUCCAUGUGGGACUGUAACAGGAAGUUCAGAGUGAAGGUGCUGGGUAUUGACAUCCCAUCUCUCCCCAAAAUCCCAGAGUUUAUUGUCUUCAUAGAAGCCAGCAUCUUCCACGGCCAACAGCUUUUAGCCCAGGAGAGGACGUCCUCUAAAACCUUCAAUGAAGAAGUGCUGUGGAACUGCUGGUUGGAGUUCAACAUUAAGAUCAAGGACCUGCCUAAAGGAGCACGACUCAACCUCCAGGUGGUCUGCAGGAAGCAGUCCCAGACGCCAAACUCCAAGGGAUCCUCCGCCUACCAAGAUAACACAGCGGGAACAGGCAGCCAUGAUGGAAAGAUCAAGAGCCGUCUUCUGUACUACGUCAACCUGCUGCUGAUCGACCACCGCUCCCUGCUGCGCCAGGGCGAGUUCAUCCUCCACAUGUGGAAAAUGCCCGAGAAGAGCGAGGAGAGCAGCAGCAGCAUCAACGCAGACAAGCUCACCUCGGCCACCAACCCCGACAAGGCCUCGGCCAUGGCCGUCGCCAUCCUGCUGGACAAGUACUGCUACCCCGUGGUGCUGCCCAAGAGUCGGGACGUGGGCCGGGACGCCGCCGCAACCACCGCCGGCUGCGACGAUGCCGAGGAAGGGGAGCGCGGUCAGAGAGAAAUGCCCAACCACCUGAAGAAACAGUUUGAGGCGAUUGUGGCCACAGACCCCCUGCAUCCGCUCAGCCCUGAAGACAAAGAGCUGCUGUGGCACUUCAGGCAUGAGUGUAUGCGCGACCCCAGGGCCUACCCAAAGCUCCUGGGUUCAGUCAGGUGGGGGAAACAGGAAGAUGUUUUGGCAACACACCGUCUGUUGGAGCGCAGCAGCGCUUGGGACAGCAGCGGUCUGGACGUUGGUCUGGCCAUGCAGCUGCUGGACUGCCACUACUCGGAUGCUCAGGUUCGCUCAAUGGCCGUCAGGAAGCUGGAGACGCUGGAAGAUGACGAUGUCCUCAGAUAUCUUCUGCAGCUCGUACAGGCGGUCAAGUUUGAGCCCUACCAUGACAGUGCCCUGGUCAGGUUCUUACUGAAGACAGCUCUGAGAAGUAAGCGUAUCGGUCAUUUUCUCUUCUGGUUCCUGCGCAGUGAGAUUGCACAGUCCAUGCAUUAUCAGCAGAGGUAUGCUGUCCUGCUGGAGGCCUACCUCAGAGGCUGUGGUGAAGACAUGCUGCAGGACUUUAGGAAACAGGUGGAGAUGACGGAGGCUCUGCAGAAAGUCACCCGUGAGGUCAAGGCCAUGUCUGCUGACAAGUGUGAUAUUACAGCACAAGUGGUGUUUCAGUUGCGUCAGAAGCUGGAGACUCUGCAGUUGUCCGGUCUGCCGGAGAGUUUCCGAGUCCCUUAUGAUCCUGGACUAAGAGCUGGAGCCCUGUUGAUUGAGCAGUGUAAAGUGAUGGCGUCUAAGAAGAAGCCACUGUGGCUGCAGUUUAAAAGGGCCGACCCCACCACUCUGUCCAAAGACCCCAUCGGCAUCAUCUUCAAAGACGGCGAUGACCUCCGACAGGAUAUGCUCAUCCUGCAGAUUCUGCUGAUCAUGGAGUCGAUCUGGGAGACGGAAUCACUGGAUCUCUGUCUGUUACCAUACGGCUGCAUCUCCACUGGAAACAAAAUAGGUAUGAUUGAGACUGUGAAGGACGCCACCACCAUCGCUAACAUCCAGCAGAGUGUUGUGGGAAGCACCGGAGCUUUUAAAGAUGAAAUCCUCUGUCAGUGGCUGCGGGACAAGUGUGUCAGCGAGGACAAGUUCCAGCAGGCUGUGGAGAGGUUCCUGUAUUCCUGCGGUGGCUACUGUGUGGCUACCUACGUUCUGGGUAUUGGGGAUCGCCACAAUGACAACAUCAUGAUCACCGAAUCUGGGAAUCUCUUCCACAUCGACUUUGGUCACAUCCUGGGGAAUUACAAGAGUUUCAUGGGAAUCAGUAAGGAGUGGGUUCCCUUUGUGCUCACACCGGACUUCCUGUAUGUCAUGGGAACAUCGGGAAAGAAAAGUAGCCCCCACUUCCAGAAAUUCCAGGAUGUGUGCGUGAAGGCUUACCUCGCCCUUCGGCACCACACCAACCUGCUCAUCAUCCUCUUCUCCAUGAUGCUGAUGACCGGCAUGCCCCAGCUGACCAGCAAGGAGGAUAUUGAGUACAUCCGCGAGGCGCUGACAGUCGGCCGCAGCGAGGACGAGGCGCAGCGCCACCUCCUGGACCAGAUAGAGAUCUGCAGGGAGAAGGGCUGGAUGGUUCAGAUCAACUGGUUUGUUCAUCUGGUGCUGGGGAUCAAGCAGGGUGUGGAGAAACGGUCCACUUAGGACUCUGUAUAAAUUAGGACAGAUUAAGAUUUCCUUAAAGUCUUUACAAAACAAAUGUAUUUGAUGUAAAUAAGUCUCACAAGAAGGUUCCAAUAGAAGACUGAAAAGUCAUUUUUUAAAGUCUCGGUAUAUCUGCAAACAGAUUUUAAAUUUUAUACCACGUGUCAUCUCAAAUAUAAAGUCAUUUUUAUGAAGAAGAAUGACAGCAGAUGAACGAUUUAGAAAUGGGAUAUGAAAAUCCCAUUAAAAAAAAACAUUUCAACUAUGGAAAAAGGCUGGAACUUGAGUCUGCAAGCGUGACUUUAACCCGAGAUACUGCAUGUACGCAAACUUGGCACCAAGAUCCAUAAGUGCUUAAUGAAAUGUGAUGAAUUAUAUUGUAUGUUGAGGAGACAGGGAACAGGAUAUGAAUCCCAAAAGCACUGUUUAGACCAAGUCAAACAUCCACACCAAACUCAAUAACAUUCAUCAGUUUUUUUUUCUUUUCUUCUUUUGUCUCAGAUCCACCGUACUAUGACUGUCGUUGCAUACGUCUUUGCCUGCCUCGUUUUAUCUCUUGUUUUCCACACGUUUCUCAAACCGUUGCUAUCUGCCCAACCACCUCAAACAGUUAUUGAUGAUGAUUUUGGUUAAAUAAGAAACCUUUUUGAAAAAACAAACAAAGAAAAAAAAUCAAGUACGGAAUUGGAUCUCUACACCCUUUAUUUCCAUCCUUUUCACAAAGGCAGACUACUUCCUGUUUCUGUGUCAUUCAAAGUCCUUUCCUGCUGAGGAAACACAUUUCCUUCACAUUGUUUUAAUGUUUAUUUGAUUCUCGCUUAGGGCUGCUAGAGCUGGGCGAUGUGGAGAAAAUCAAAUAUCCUGAUAUUUUUAACCAAAUACCUCAAUAUCAAUAUUGUGGCAAGAUUGUAGGGUUGACAAUUGUGCUUACAAAAAAUAUGCACACAAUGAGAUUUUUCAUAAAUAAUCAUCAGUUAUGUUGAUAUAAUAACCAUGUGGGUAAAGGUAAAUAAAAGAACAGCUAGAACAGCCUGGUAAGUUCAGGAAAUGACAUCACUCUAUUGUAACACAGCCUUUAAAACCAGGAAGAGACACUUCAUAUCAUGUCAUAUCAGGAUAUUACGAUAUCCAAAAUCUGAGAUGAUGCCUAGCCCCAUAUAUCAAUAUUGAUAUAAUAUAGAUAUAUUGCCCAGCCGCACUGUUGUACCACUCCAAGGGGAGGGGUUGGGUUAAAGAUUAAAGGAUCAGUCUGUCAGUUUAUUAUGUUUAUGGUUAUUUUUCGGAACACUUCAAUUUUAUUGACUAAUGUGCAAAGAAUUAUUGAAUUCGUUGAACUCUCCUGGUCAAAUAAGCGAGCAAAUAAUGUAAUGAAGAAUUUUAUUAUUUAUAUUCUUAUCAAUCUUUUCAUUUGCACCGAUUGUUCAGCAAUACUUCUUACAUGGAAAGCGUGAAAUUUAAAUUCCAAAACUAUGUACUAAGAGUCAAAUUGAAUCAUGCUAAUUUAUAACGGCUUGUUGGUGGCAUUUAGCACAUGCUGGUCAGUGCUGUAGUCACUUCUUAUAGGAGGGUGGAACAUAUAAGUGAUAUUUUUGUCUAUUAUGUAAUUAUUUUGAUGAUAAAUAUUUGACUUUAAAAUCUGUGAAAACCAGGUCACAUUUUCAACACCCAUACAAGCCAACUUUGACUGAAAAUUCACACAUCUCUCAAGUUGUUUUUUCCCCUCACAGAUUGUGGACAUAGCGUAGAGGAAGACGAUCAGAUUUUUACAUUAGGCGUAAGUUACUAUUAACUAUACAGUUAUUGUUGAAAGAUUGAAUUAGCAUCAGCAUUU